AUGCGGAGUCGACGCUCUUCGAGAGAUUCGAGACCCUCCAUCACUGCAGACGACGGUGAAGACAGCGAGGCCUCGCCGGUGGAAGGGAACGAGGAAUGUCAAUUUUCCUCUGCUUUAAAUAUCCAGGACCGAGGCGAAGAGAUAAAGACAGCACAUAAUUCCCCUACAAAACCUCUCUGGAUUCCACCGCGGGACCGAGAUCGAGAGCCUUUAGACGCGACACCAACACUGACAAAGGAAGGGAUGGAGGACACACGGGGCUACAAGUCUUCACGAGUACGGUCGGCAUGGUUAUGUUCGUUAUCAACACUAACUGUUAUCCUUUUCUCGGCGUUCCUCCUCUGGGUCAGCAUAACAUCCUUUACAGACCUUCAAUGCGACUCUAAAGGUUGUCGGAUGCCACGCAUGUCCCCUGUUUACAUCCGGGAGAAGGAUUUCGACACGGAACAUACUAGAUUUGCCAGCAAAUAUAGUCUCUAUCUAUACCGGGAGCAUAAUGUGGAUAUCGAUUAUCCGGAUCUUUGGCCUAUCUUGGAUGCAAGAAGCGAGUUUGCAAAGAAAAAUGGGCGACCUGAUACAUUUGAUCCGUUCACAAUUGAUUGCUCGCGGUCCCAAGUUGUUCCAAGUCAUUUGCUGAGGUGCUUGCAGCCCAAGGGCGUGCCAGUGCUUUUUAUUCCGGGAAACGCUGGUAGCUACAAGCAAGUACGCCCGAUAGCUGCCGAGGCUGCGCGCACUUUCAAAGAAGCAGCAGCUAAAGACGAAAACCUAAUGAAACUUGGACAACGUGGUCUCGAUUUCUUCACGGUUGAUUUUAAUGAAGAUAUAACCGCAUUCCAUGGUCAAACAAUGCUCGACCAGGCCGAAUAUUUGAAUGAGGCUGUUGCGUACAUUCUUUCUCUCUAUCACGACUCCCGAAAGGCCACAAUGGAUUCGGAUCUUCCGGAUCCAAGUUCUGUGAUAAUUUUUGGCCAUUCGAUGGGGGGGAUAGUCGCCCGUACCAUGUUGAUCAUGCCAAAUUACCAAUCAAACUCCAUCAAUACUAUUAUCACCAUGUCAGCACCUCAUGCUCGGCCGCCAGUAUCUUUCGAUAAACAGAUAGUGCAGACGUACGAUGAUAUAAACAACUAUUGGCGGAGAUCUUUCUCGGAAAAAUGGGCAAACAAUAAUCCAUUAUGGCAUGUUACUCUGGUUUCUAUUGCUGGUGGGGGUUUGGACAAUGUUGUGCCUUCAGAUUACGCCAGUAUUUCAUCAUUAGUUCCGGACACACAUGGAUUUACGGUUUUUACAUCUUCAAUGCCAAAUGUUUGGGUUGGGGUAGAUCAUUUGGCAAUUCUCUGGUGCGAUCAGCUCAUGAAAGUUGUUGCCCGGUCUAUGCUAGAUAUCAUCGAUGUGAAAAGGCCUGGACAGACGAAGCCUCGAGCAGAAAGGAUGCAUUUAUUCAAGAAAUGGUAUCUUACGGGCAUGGAACCUGUUGCCGAGAAAACACUACCGCACAAAGAGCCUACUACACUAUUGACUCUUGAAGAUAACUCGCACUCGAUCAUUACUCUUGGGCAAAAGCUUGUUUUGAGGCAACUUGGUGAAUCGCAAAAGCCUCGUGCAUACUUGAUGCCUGUGCCACCAUCUCGUAGAGUCGGAACCACGAAAUUUACACUAUUGACAGACCAAAAAUUGGAUGGUGUUCGGGAUUCAAAGCUGGAGGUUUUGUUUUGCAGUGUGUUCCCUCUUCAAGCUGGGCAAACGGCAGCAAUAUUCUCUAUGAAUAUGGAUCUGUCUGGAGACAGUUCUGGAUCGACCCGCCUUGCAUGCAAAAAUGCCGCUGAUGAUGUCAUUCAAAUGCCUGCAUCGUACCGAAACUCAAAACACUCAUUUGAUUCAGCCCAGCCAUUUUCAUCUUUGCAAUAUGAUUUUGAGGACCUCGCUGAGCACCAGUUUGUGGCUGUUGUUGACAAGGCUAGUAGAGUAUCACAAGGUUGGGUAAUUGCAGAGUUCAUCGAGAAGAAGGAUGCCAGUGUUCAAUCAAACGUCGGUCUACGUGGGUUGUUAUUGGAUGGGGUUCGAACAACUUUGCCAGCCGAACGUCCAAUUGUGACUGAACUUCAUAUACCUGUAAUGCACAGCAGCCUUCUGACGUAUAAGCUAAAUGUGGGUAUCCAAUCUUGCGGGGAAGACGGCCAGCUUUUUACCCCUCUGGUCCGUCAAUACCUCAUGGAUCCGCAUGAAUCAAAGUAUUUCGUCAAUGUGCACACGGCCGACAUAAGCCUUCACGGGACAGCACCAUUUAUACCUCCGGCUCUCCGCCCAAAUAAUAAGAAGGGAUUGUCAUUGCAAUUUUGGACAGACCCAACCUGCAAUUCAACUAUAGAUGUGUCAGUUGAGUUUGAUUUCGUCGGAAGCCUGGGAAAACUUGUCAUGCGGUACAGAACUGUCUUUGCUGCAUUCCCUAUGCUUGUGGUAGCUCUUGUCCUUAGAAUACAAUUUACCGAAUAUAAUAACGGCGGCCGUUUCAUAAGCUUCACCAGAGGCAUAGAAUUAUUGAUAAAUAAAACACUACCAUUCGUUAUGAUUUCGUUGUCCCUCCUAGCAGUUUCUCUCGGCUUCGCCAAGGCCGAGCAGGAAAAGCGAAUAUCAUCUCCGUUUUCAUGGCCAAAGUCUGCGGCCGAGCAGUCCUCUCCCACCAUGGAGUUCGAUAAAAACGAUCUUCUGGUUGGGCUUGCAGAUCCAUUCUUUUGGUUCUUGGCACCAUUAUUUGCUUUAUUAGCUGUUGGCGUGGUUGCUGUUCUAAACUAUGGACUGAUGAUCUUGUUGCAUGUUUUAACAUUCAUAUAUUCAAUAUUCAUUCGAUGGCCCAACUGGGUUAGUAAUGAACGAAGACGCUCAAUAGGUCCGACGUUUUCGUCAAGUAGCCCACGAAGACGGAUCAUGACAACCCUUAUGCUUUUGUUUUUUGUAGCGACCCUUAUUCCUUACCAGUUCGCCUACAUGGUUGCUUGCAUUGUCCAAAUCGCAACUUGCGUCCGUGCAUUGAAAGUUGCAAAAGAAAGCGGAUACUCUGAACGCUCUGGGUCAUCGUCAGAUUUCUCCAACUACACUCAUUCGAUCCUUGUUAUGAUGCUUUGGAUAUUACCUAUAAACCUACCCGUACUUGUUGUAUGGAUACAUAACCUAGCAGUUCAUUGGCUCACACCAUUUUCAUCCCACCACAAUUUGCUCUCCAUUAUGCCGUUUAUACUGCUUGUGGAAACCCUUACGACCGGAAAUAUGAUCCCAAGAAUUCCUAACCGUAUACGAUUAAUCACAAACAUACUAUUCCUCGGAUUAGCAUCUUAUUCCGCCUUGUACGGCGUAACUUACGCAUACCGACUUCACCAUCUCGUCGAUUUCGUCGUCGGAUGGCUUGUUAUUGUUCAUUCCAGCACCGCCCCACCAACAGUUGCGGGCAUAAUAGAAUUAUUUAAUGACGAUGGAGAUGACGACUCUUCCUCCAAGAAGCGUCAACUGUGA